ACAAAGAAUAAAGAUAUGAUCAACACAAACACAGUACGUUUCUAUCCUGCUGUGCAGCAACGGGUUAAGUGUGCUUGCAGUUCUCGGGGAGGUGCUUCUGGAAACACGCUGGCUCGCCUCCUGGCUCGUCCCUCCUUCCCUCUUCCAAACAAUAACUGCGCAACAACCUUUUUCCCGGAAGAGUGCAAUAGUUUUAGCUUUCUUUUCCAUUGUGACACACGCAAACAGCCCGCAGCAGCCAGCAGGAUGUCUGUGACCAUGACCAAGGCCGAUGGGGUGACCGUGUUCACCAUGAUCUCUGACCCCCAAAGUGUUCUCCCUCCACUGUGCCAAAUCCUCAAAGGCCUUUGCUACAGCCCGGUGUGCUGCUCUGUGUCUCAGCACCUGAAGACGGUCCAGAGAAAGGCCCAGUCAGCACUGGGGGCGAUGCACAUUAUGGUCGGGUUGCUCAACAUCGGCCUUGGAGUGAUCCUUCUCUGUAGCCACGGGGGGUCUUCGUGGAUGAUGGGUGAAACCAUGUUUCCCGUGUGGAUCGGAGCAUUGAAUAUUUUGUUUGGCAUCGUUGGCAUUUUGUCCGAGAAGUGGCCGAGUCCAUGUCUGGUCAUUGUCAAUGUGAUCCUGAACCUAGGGGGCGUGGCCUUCUCCAUUGCCUCCAUCGUACUCUACAGCAUCAACAUCGCGUCCAUCGGGCUGUGGUGGAUGUGCAGGAACGAUUAUUAUGACGACGACUUCAGGUCAAGCUACGGACAGACAACCAAGAUGCCAUCUCCCGGGGAGGAGCACAUGAGGGAGAAAUGCUUGGAGGGCAAAGCACUGGCUCUGAUGCUUUUAAGAAGCAUGACCGCUCUGCUGAUCGUGCUGUCGGCCCUGGAGCUCUGCCUCGUCAUCAGCUCGGCCGUUUUGGGGAUAAAGGCUCUGAAGGGAGGCGUGAAGGGAGAAAAGGAGAAGACGGGAGACCCAGAACACUACAAACCACUGCUGGAGGAAGUCACCAGUCAACCCACAGCCUAGAGAGCUCUGCUUUGUGCCGUCAGUCACCAGGAACUAUAACCAUGUGCAUUUAUACCGUAGAUUCUAUGUGCCAGAGUUUGAAUGAUUUACACAAAUUCAGCCUUUACUGUCUCUGGCGAACUUCUGGGAGUAGUUUUUCUUUUUAGAAAACCUUGCACUAGACCGUAUAUCUAUAUAUAUAUUUUGUAAAAAUCUGUUUCUGCUGAUUAUCAUUUUCUACCGGGUAAUGUGCCUUAUGUUCAGCUUGCGUGUGUGUGUCUGUGUAACGGACACGUACAUUCAUGGACUGGUGGUCUUGUUAGCUAUUUUAAAAUAAAAAAAUAUUUCUUCACAAGUGAUUUAAGUGUUUCAUAUAUUUUGGUGUAUUUCUGCUCCGUACUUUACAUUCAGUCUGCAAAGCGUGGCCGAAGAAUUGUAUCAGCUUAAGAAAUUAUGUUUAUGUUAAAAAAAAUAAUAAAUGUGUUCAGAGCUUUUACUGUGAA